AUGGGAGUCCACGAAAGCCCCGAGGAGCAGCUACUAACAGUGGUAAACCGGCUCCCUGCACACCCGAAAUCCGUUCACAACAAAUCCCAAGGAGUCCCGGGCCAAUGGAAAAGUGGCUCAGUCUCGAAGCAGACGUCGGGCUUGUGCUUCGGUUUGAGGGAGUGGAGAAACGCGGAGCGCGGGGGAGCGGACGCGGACCCAUCAGCGCGCGGGGGCGCGGGCGCGGCGGAUCCGUCGACUGGUUACUGGGCGCUGUUCCGCCUUGCGCUGCCGUCCAUUCUGCUGCAGAGCGGCUCGCCCCUGGCGAUCACGGUGCAGACGGCGCUGCUGGGCCGCAAGGACACGCAGCUCGUCGCCGCGUGGGCCGUCGUUGCGACGGCCACGAAUGCAGCGACAGUCAUUUUCAACUUCCUUGUUGUCGGCGUCACAGCUAAGGUCACCAAGGUGGUAGCAGUGGGCGCGUGGGCGCAAGUGGGGGUGCGAAUCCACCUCGCAUUCGCCAUGGCUUUAACUACCAGUGCACUGGCCGUGGCGCUGCUGCUGUCCUCUCAGGGGCUGCUGUGGGCGCUGCUAAGUGACUCGCCCUCCGUGCUGCAGUACGCUAAGAGUUACUUUUACUUGAGAGUCAUGGGCGUGCCGCCGCAGCUGCUGCUGAUGUGCACUUCCGGCGUGCUGCAGGGGUACAAGCACGUGGCGCUGGUGGCAUGGCUGCAGGCAGCACGAGCGCUGCUGGACGUUGCCGCAUCCUACCUCUCCCUCUACGUCCUUGACUGGGGCAUUGUGGGUGUUGGCAUCGGCACCUUCCUCGCAUCCUGCACCGUCGCAGCUGUUUCCUUAGCCUGUAUCCUCCUCCUGCCGCCUCCCCAGGGCAAAGGGAAGAUUGUUGUUUUCCCACCCAUCCUGUCGUUUCUGGCUCGGAAGGUCGCCGUACCGCAGGUUCUGCUCUGCCGAGCCUUGAGCCAGCGGGUUUCCCGGACCUGCUCAAAGGUCCGGGUGGGUGGUGCAGCGGCGUUGGCGGACGCUCAGGUGCUGCUGCUGGAUGGGAGGGAGAGGGAGGGGACUGGGAAGGAGGUGGGCGGGAUAGAGGAGACAGUACUGGCGGUUCUUGAAGGGAGAAUGUUGAAGGCGGGUAGAGAUGUUGCUUCAGUGCAUGCGAAUGAUCAACGGGCACAUGGGUGUGCGCGUGAAGAUGAGGCGCGAGCGAGGGACGAGCAGGCAACCAGAGUGGGAGGUCGGGAGGAGGAGGGAAGGGAUGUAGAGGGAGGGGAUGAGGAGGGAAGGGAGGAGGAUAGGGUGGGGAGGGAAGGUGAAGCAGAGGGGGGAAGGAGGAGUCAAGCGGAUGAUGCAACGCAUAGCCGGAUGGUCGCAGAGGAGCCUGAAAACGAGGGUGAUGGAAUUGCUUAUAACGAGGACAUGGUUAUGGGUGGGGAUGGAAGUGGCAUGCGGGAAGGGGGUUGUGCGGAGAGUGUGGAGGUCAGAGUGGUGGUGGGGAGGGAGGAAACUUCCACGGUGCUGCUUUUGAAGACUGGGGAGGAGGAGAGAGUGGAGAAGGGGGGGAGUGUGAGGAGUGAUAAGGGAGGGAGUGGGGGCAGUAACAUUGGAGAAAGGAGGGGCGGAGAGAAGGGAGAGGGCGCGGAGGGGAAGUGCAAGGCGGAGGAGAUGGAGGAGGCGAGGAUAAACGAGCUCUCUUUCUUCCUCGUGCUCGCCUGUGCCACUUCACUCGGCGUGCAUGCUGUAGCUGCGCAUCAGAUCCUCAUGCAGCUGUGGAUGGUCAACAUCUACAUCGCAGAUGGCUUUGCCACAGCAGGCACCAUCGUGGCCAGCAGCCUGGCGGGACGGAUGGCGCAGGCGCAGACCAGGGGCGAGCAUGCAACCCUCUUGGCGGACCUGAGGCUCGUGUGCUGGCGUGUGCUGCGCAUGGGAUUGAUUGCAGGCAUCCUCAUCUGUGCGGCAUACACAUCCCUGGAGCGCCACAUCGUUGCGCUCUUCACAUAUGACGAGGCCACCAAGGCGCAGCUGAGGCACGUGUGGCUCUUCCUCGCGCUCAUGCAACCACUCAACUCCGUGGUAUUCGUGUACGAUGGGCUCAUCUAUGCGGCUCAGGCCUUCUCCUACAUGGCGGCGUGCUUGGCUGUUGGCUUCUUCACGCUCUUCCUUCCUGUCGUCUGUAAGUGUCCUUCCUUCCACCUUUUCUGCUUCUCUCUACUGGUCAUUGAUGCCAGCAAUGCCAUAUUUUGCCCUCAGUUCCUCCGCAUUAGUAUAUUGUUUCCUUCAUUCCCUUUUCCCUUCUCCUCGCUUUUUCCUUCUCUUCCCUUUCCCUUUUCGCCUUUCUCCUCUCUUCCCUUUCUCCUCGUUCACUUAUCCACCUCUUCCCGUUUACCGUCGUUUCUCUUGUCCACCUCUCCUCAUUCGCCUUGUCCCAUCUCUUUCGGUUCCCCCUCCAUUCACACCGCUCGUAUACCUUCUCCCUCUUCUUUUCCUCCUCCUCCCCCCCGCAUCCCUUGCCGCUUUCCCAUUCCCAUUUCACCAACUCCCUCUUCUCCCCCAUCUCUUCCCCUCCCUCCCUUCUCCCUUCUUCCAAUUCAAGACGUUUCUAGCCGCGUGGGCGGCCAAGGGGGUGCUGAACACAAUGACUUCUGA